AUGUCGUCUACUUCGUCCCCAUUGAGUGCAGGGGAGUAUGGCGAGAAGCUGAAGGACGAACUUUCUACGUAUUUGGCCGAUGUCAACACCAACGGCCCCUUUUUCACGAGCUCCGGGUCUGAAGCUGCUAUCAACCCAGGCCUUGACAUUCCUGGCGUCGGCGCGAUUUCCCUUCCUGUAACUCCAAACGUUCUCAAAGAAAUCAUCGAUGCUUUCCCUGCGAGCCCACGGAAAUGCUGCGAAUUGGCCGCUGGUCAAUUCUCCACUCGAAAUCCACAAUGGCAUAAGCAGAUCCGCCAGUAUUUGGCACAGGUUGCUGCGGAGCUGGUGAUUGAAACAGACCCCAGCCACAUUGAAGCCGAGCCGCGCAGCCUUGUAUUAUACAAUAAAGAUUCGGGGUCCUUCUUCCCUCUGUCCGAGGACUUAGUUACAACGGACGUGGAGGGUGUGUUCGGGACCCUCGCUAUUUGUCUGCCGUCGAAGCAUGAGGGUGGGGACGUUGUUGCGCCUCUCAGAGAUGGUAGUCAAGGAUAUAGGAGCUCGGCAAAUUCGGAAUACGGCUUCUCAUUUGCCGCAUGGUCACCAGACUUCAAGUACGACAUAGAGCCUAUCACGGCCGGAUACCGCAUACUCCUGAUCUACAACCUUCUUCAUCAAGCAUCAUGGGAGGCCAUGAGACGUCGAGGUCAGCUAAGCAGGCUAAUUCACAAUAGCCUCAGUUCUUGGGCAAGCUGGAGCGCAAGAAACGAUACAGUAUCAGAGGCCGCCGGUUUGCCUGUUUCCUCGGCCUUCUCUAAAGCCAUUGAUGAUUUAGAGACGCCUAUGCUUGCAUAUAUUCUCGAGGGCGAAUACGAAGACAAGGAGCUUAGCCUGGCUACCUUGAAAGAUGCUGACCGAGAGCGCAUGAUCUUGCUCAAAACAGCAUGCGAUGCACAUGGCUUUGAAAUACAUCUUGCCCGUUUAGAAAAACGCGAGUUCGGCGAGGUUGAAGGAGACGAUCACGAUUAUUGCGGCCCUGGCCGUCAUUGCUUUUACCCUGAACCCGAGUUCCAUGAGAUAACCCACCUCCUCGAGACCUCAUUUCAUCUAUCGGAUAUCACCGAUGCUUCUGGUAAGGAAGUUGUGUAUAAUACAAACAUCGAUGCGUCUUUGAUUCUCAACAUUGAUGCCUUCAAGGACGAGCCGGACCAGGAGGACUACGAGGAGUACUUUAUAGAUGAAGACUGGAAGGCAAUGCAUUUCUAUCGCCAAACUUGUAUCCUCAUACUUCCCGCAACUUUCCGAACUGCGUUCAAAUUCUAUGCUUUGGAACAUGGCAGCAUAUGUAUCGAGGAUCUUGUUCGCGAUUUACACCGACAAGUCGAGCAAUCUCCAGAUAACCUUAUACUCCGCCAGGAGCUCGUUAAAACCUGCUGGCGCGUAUCCGACAUCGUUUAUGGGGCCACAGAGGAUGUUGAUUUCGAUAUAAUCGAUGAUAUUAAACAAAUAGCAUUCAAGUACCGCGAAUGGGACAUCUUGUGUCGCUUUUUGGGGGAGUUAAAUCACCUGGACGGUCUUGCUGAUAUGUUUGCGAAGGGCAUCUUGGACCAUGGACUUGAGGAAUUCAAGAGCGGAUUUCACCGCCUGUGGCAGCUACCAUCAGAGAACGUUUUUGAGCCUGUUUGGCUAGUGAACAACACGGUCCAUGCAUUUUCCAGCCUUUGCAACGAUUUCAUUCCAAAGCGUACGGUUUCCGACGAAAUGCUCGCGUGGGAGCACGACAGUCUGUCAGUCCUUUUUGAUCGAAUCCUGGUUCGCCGGAACCUCGAUCAGCAGGCUGGGAGGGAUCUUGCAGAAUUCAUCGUGGAAGAUGGCAAGAAUGGCGUCCUAACGAGCAUAUCUCCGCUUCUCAUUCGCACCACAUCCAACGUUGAGUUUAUCAUCGCUUUUCUCACGGCGCUUGCGGAACAGGCCCCUCCGAGGAUCGCUCAGAGAAGACUUUGGUCACUCCAAAAUUCCGACACUCUAGAUGAGGAGACGGUAAAGAAUGUCUACGAGAGCAUCCUUCAAGCUGCGAUAAAAGAUCUUCGAAUCUGGAUAGCUAAACGGCCGCUGUCUCCUGAGCGCAAUCUUGAUUGGCGGUAUACCCCCUCCUCAAGAACCGAGGACUUAAUCGCAGCCGACCUCCUCGUCAAGAUGAUUAGGCAAUGCGAUUGCUGGGGAUUUCAGACCAAAGAACUGGUAAAAGCUCUCCAAAAAUGCAUAUCUAUUCCUGAAGAAGAGGAAGCCGGUGACUUUAUGACGAAGUUUUCCCGGCCGUUUAUUGUCUGUUUGUGCGGCUACCUCAAAGAAAAGUCUGAAAGAAGAAACUGGGAAAUCUUAUGCGAAGCGAGCAUUUCUGCCAAUCCUGAACUUGGAGCUGGGUCAGGCGGCGCUGCAGGUGAUGAAUCAAUCCAUACCCUGGAGCCCAAGUCAGAUCAUGGUAACAUGAGCUCCGCUUCAGAGCAAAUCGUCGUUACCAACGAGCAACACCUUGUUGAAUUGAUCAUAAAAGCUCUGGAGACCUACUUGACGAAAUAUGUACGACAGCCGCCCCAGCCCCCUACCACCUGGCAACAGACUCUACCCCGGACUUCCACGUGCAAUUGCACCGAUUGUCAACAUCUUAUAGCAUUCGUCACACAUCCCGAUCUGCCUGCUUGGCGAUUUACCAUGCCGCAGAAGCGCCGGGAACAUCUCUGGGAUCGGCUUGGUCCAACCUUCCGGCGUGAGAUUAUUAAAGACAGGAGUCCGUAUACUUUGCAGGUCACGAAACUCACCACGCAUACGACACUGCUUUUCAAGCUUGGCGGCAGAGAGUCAGUUCUGCUCAUUCGACACUCGAUGGCUUGA